CUCUCGCGCUGGAGGCUGCUGGUCUGGUCCUUCUCUUCUUCGUCGUCGGUCGUCGGUCGUCGCCGGUCGUCGUCGACAUCUCCGGUCGUUGGUCGUCGUCUACAUCCGAAUUACAAGAUGGAUCAUUCGAGUUCUGCCUCUGCCAGUGCCAACAACCUUCUACAAGCAGCAUCCAACAAUGCUUCUGGACAAGAAUGCCAUUCAGGAAACCCAUUAUGAGGUUCUCAAUGUCAAGGAAGAUGCAAGUUAUGAAGAAAUUCGUGCUAGUUACCGUAAUGCUGUACUCAGUUUACAUCCUGAUAAACUAUUGAAGACAUCCGAGACAUCAUCCAGCAGUAAUCAAACAAAUGGAGAGAGGUUUCUCAAAGUACAAAAGGCAUGGGAAGUUCUAAGCAAUUCAAGCUCUCGGUUAUUGUAUGAUAAUGAACUGCGAAGUUCGAGGCGGGAUGUACUGGCUGCUGAAGUUGCAGAAGAUGUAAGCUUGCAGGAUAUGAUAGCUGAAGAUGCUGGAGAUGCAUUGGAACUGUUUUAUCAGUGCCGAUGUGGUGAUUACUUCUCUGUCGACUCCUUGGAAUUGCAGAAAAUGGGAUAUUCUUUGUUGAAGGAAGGAAAUAGGCUAUCUAUACUCAGCAUUGAUACUUUAUCAGGAUCAGUUAUUCUUCCCUGCGGAUCUUGUUCGUUAAAAGCUCGUCUGGUAAUCAGUAUUGUUGACAAUUGAAAUUAUUAACAUUUUUAGUAUGGACUAUGACCCAUUGAAAUUAUUACAUUUUUUAUGAAGAUAGCAAACUAAUGAUAGCUGCCUAUCAUUGGAAAAAAAAUUUGGGGGCAGAAAUCCAAAAGUGUUCAGUGCCGAAUUCUU